AAAACGUUCUGUGAAUUCAAACUAAUCGAAUUAGCAAUUGAUGAUUGUUUUAAUGUUGUGUGACCACUGCAGAAUACCAUAAGAAUACUAUUUAAACAGGAUGCCAUAAGUAUAAGCAUAAUAAUAAUGUCUUACAGUAUACCUAUAUACGCGUGCGGCGAUUUUUAUGCCAUGCCACGUGACGUAGCUUCAUCUUGGCCGGCUGAAAAUUUUUCUCUUAAUUAGUAUUGAGUGGUGAUUGAGCCGAAAGGAACAAAAUAUUGAGUGGCUGUCACAGUUGAUAGAAACAAUUUCGAAAUUCAUCAGAGAGAGCUCCGCAAGUCGCAUACGCUCAGUGACUCAGUAUUGAUGCACACCUCCUAGAGAAAGGUCCUAGUGUUGUCGAGUGGUACCCUCUCGGCGGGAUGCCGAAACUACAGAGGGCACAGUUCAGCUGUUACUAAAACGCCACAACGAACCACCCGUAAAACAGAAGUUUUCCACUCGUGGCCACCAAUUGUACCUAGUCAUCAAAGGUCAUGGAACGUGCUAACUCACUCUACACGGUGCUAACGACCAUAGCUUUCCUUAUUGGGCUGGCGGGAAACCUAGCUGCCCUAUGGAUCCUGCACAAAACUGCAAGAAGGCGGAACAAGAAGCAUUUGUUCAUGCUCAGAUGCCUAGCCACUAACGAUAUUGUGGCCCAGAUAGGAAUGUUGUUGUUGUUGCAUUUGUUGAAGGCCGGAGUUCUUCCAACGUACUUGGGAUGCUCGGGUUUCGUUCUCGUAAGGGCUUUCGGAUUAGGGUCUGGCUGUGUGGCGUUCGUUAUGGCCCUCGAAAGGUGGCUGGCGCUGACUAGACCUUUCUUUUAUCACCAGCUAGUAACAUAUCAACGAUUGAAAAUAUUUCUUUGUGGUCUUUGGUUAACUGCUGUUAUGCUGGUGUACAUGCCACUUUUUGGAUUUGGUCUGUAUUACGAUGCGCAAAAACAAAGAUGUACUAGAUUUAGACAUGCAACAGAGCUGAGAGAUAAGAUAUAUGCGUACCUGUUUUUUGCCUUCGGGUCAACGUUAUGCCUUUGCUUGGCAUUUUGCAAUACAUCUGUCAUUUGCGAGUUAUCACGAAUAAGAUCGCAACAGAGAGUUUUGGUGAGGAGAGUGAGCAGAUCCAUAAUAAGCAACCGCGUGGGCUGUGCUAGAUAUCAAACUCCUGAAGAAGUGGCUUUUUCCAAAUUGAUGGCGGUCGUUUGCAUCAUUUUUGUAGCAUGCUGGCUUCCGCAAUUGGUGACAGUCCCCGUUUCACAAUUUCUCACCCCAUCGAAAGGGACCCAGAAAUUCACUGCAGUUGCAGAUGCGCUUUUGACUGUCUACUUUGCGGUGGACCCGUUCGUUUAUGUUUUACUGCGUUAUUUUGAGGGUCACUUGAAGUUUUGUUAUUUCUCGAAAAAGCAAAAUACCGGAAAAACUGAUAAAUUUGUGGUGAAAAAACAACAUACCAUCGAUAUUUCACCAGAAAUUCCCUGCCUACCACAUCCUGGUGAAAUAAUCUCACUCGAAAAUCUCAACGGAAAAUGAAAAACCCUAACGGAAAGUGAAAACCCUGGAGCCAGAUAUACAGGGUUAUCCGAAUUGAGUGUUCAUAAUGGGUGACUUUUACAAAUUUGAAAAUGGCUUUGGUUAAAUUACCAAUUCACAUGCAUUUUUUCUGCUGAUCAUAAUGGUGGAAACUGAAAAAUAAUUGAGUAUCACGUAUUUCAGUUAUAAAUCAAAACAGUAUAUUUCCUAAUAAAAUACUAAUACCCUGAAUAUUCGUACCCACCUUUUUCAAUUCUACUCAUUAUUUUCUGAGUAUUAACAGUUAGAACUCAUGAAUUUUACUGGUUCCGAUAAUUAUUGUAAAAAUCAGUUUUUACGAUGGAUUUUCAACUGUGAAUAUCUCGAGAAUAGUUGCAUAUCGGCCAUCGGCCUCGGGUAUGUUGUAUGGAGAAUACUUAAAAUUUCAAUUAUUGGAUUUGAAAUUGUACGAAUAUACAGGGUGUUUCAUUGUUUUGAUUAAUGACCCCAAAAACGUGUCACCUACUGAAUUGUUUUUCUGUUCUCACUAUAUUGUAUGCAGUGGAAAAACUGCUUAUAGUUUGCUGAUUCAACUGAUGUCAGAGUUUCAAAAUCAUUGAAGUUAUCAAUAACGAUCACUUAUAAAAAAACAUUGUAUAAAUUAGCAAACAAGCAGUAUUUCACAUAAAAAUUGAGAUCGCGUUUUCAAGCUUGGACAAGAUUUUUGUCUGUGAUAUUUUGUCACUAAUAACUUCAAAUUCUUGAUGGAAAGCUGAUGAAAAAUGUUCAUCUAGUCAAAAAUACUGAUGAUUUGCUAUAUAUUCAAUAAUUUUGUAUAUCUAUUCAGAUCAUCCUGUAUUCGUUGAGGGCCCUGAUUCAGUCCCACUCCUGCAUAUACUCAUAUAGGUACAUAUUAUAUAGAUUGUAGUAUUGCUUAGUAUUUUGUGAUAUUUAUUCAUCAGCUUUAAUAAUAAAACAAUUUUAUUGCCAGACAUCAGAAGUUAUAAGUUUUUGAUUUUUGUUUUAUAUGUAAACAUCAAAAUGUUUCUGGCCUCUCUACAGUACCAAAUUCUGACCUUCAAUAUAGUAUCUUGAAGAUGCAACUAGUGAAAUUAUGGAUUCCGAGAUACGAUUAUAUCAAUCAGUGCUAUUACCGUCCAGAUGUUCUUCCUUAUCCUCAUGGUAUCGAAGAAAU